AUAAUCGACCCUGGCCGGCAGCAAAUAUAAUUGCUUGACGGAAAGUUGAAGAACUAGUGAGCGGGACAGCUUGUUGCAAGCAAAAACAGUCACAGUCACUCCUGCAAAACUAUAUAAUGGCUGAGCCGGUCUACCCUAGCCUAGAGGAGGGAGGAAAUAAGCCCAUUGGAUUCGAAGGCAUCAUCGAAUCUACUCCAGAGCCUGAGCGCGUUAGAGUAGAUGACAAGAGACUAACCUCAGGCAGCAAUGCGCCUGCAGCUGAAGAGAUCCAGCUAUUAACAUCUGAAGAGCGAAAGCAAGAAAGAGACACCGAAGACCAAGAUACAGUCUAUUUUAAAGAUGGAGUCAGGAAGAUUGAUAUUUGCUUGACCUACAAGGAUCUCAUUGAUGCAAAGAAAGGCAAAGGGGAUGAAGAAGCAAGGAAGAAGAGUAGUGCAAAGAGAGCCGAUAAGAGGAAGGCUUAUUUCGAGGCCCUUGAACGGAAAGGACUUCAAUUUGAAUACCAGGAUCCUAAAUAUUAUGAUGGUGAAACCUGGUUUGUAAAAGUCCAUGCAACUUUCCCAGCACUUGAGAAAGGAGCUGAAGAUCUUCUCAUCCGAAUGCCAAUACAAGAAGUGGAUCUUCCUCGUAGAGAGAAGUCCUGGUACAGGGACAUCUUUAGUACACUUCACAUUCGUGAUCCUUUUGAGUUUUUUGAUCCUAAAGUACCAAAGCCGUUCCAGCACGCCGACUUCUUUACUGCUCCUUAUGUUGCAAAAAAGAGAGCAAAUUUCCAUGGGUCUGAUGAUGAAGCCAACUUCUUUAGUUCCGCUCAAAGAUCCUUUAUUGUAUGGAAUAUACUGGAGAACACUCAGUAUGGUCCCAAUGAAGAUCAAGUUGGUGUAUCUCGCCUUGUUCAAAACAGCACUUUCACGUCUGCUUUCUUCCUUCAUGAUGGUGACUUCACUAAGAAGAAUCCUGAAGAUGAAAUUGACAAUGAGAGGCAGUUGCUUCACUAUGAGUGGUCACACCCUAAGAACUUUUAUAAGUAUCAACCACUGGAAAACAUACGUCAUUAUUUUGGUGAGAAGAUUGGUCUCUAUUUUGCUUGGGUUGGUUUCUACACCAGUUGGCUUGGCUUUGCCUCCAUUGUUGGUAUAAUUGUUAUGAUUGCUGGACUGUUCACUUUAUCCCUUAACUACAAUGAACUGGCUCGUGAUAUUUGUAAUGAUACCCUUCGUGCUGAAUUCUACAUGUGUCCCCUUUGUGACGAGACUUGUGAUUUCUGGUACUAUCGAUCGGCCUGUGGAUUUGCUCGUGUUUCGUUAUUAUUUGAUUAUGGAGGAACAGUGUUCUUUGCUGCCUUCAUGGCCUGCUACGCUGUGUUGUUUCUCGAGUUUUGGAAGAGGACAGAGAAGCAGUUACAGUAUCAGUGGGACACUCUUGGAUUUGAGGAAGCUGAGCAAAGGGAGAGACCCGAGUUUGUUCAAGCAAUUAAAAAGAAGAUCAAGAACUAUCCAGAAGAGAAGAAGAAGCAGUACAAGAUAAAGAACCCUGUCCUUGAGCGUUACGAAUACAUCCAACCAGCAUUUGACAUUGCCCCUAAGCUAGUGCUAGGUUUUGUGAUCCUCAUUACCAUGGUGAUAGCUGUUUUGGGUGUGGUCUUUGCCGUUCUUAUUUAUCGUCUUGCUGUAUCAACCUCAAUCUACCGUCUUGUUCAGAAUCUACCAGGUGGCCCGAGCGUUGCUGAUUUAACCGUCUCUAUCACAGGAUCUCUGAUCCAGCUCGUGUUUAUUGUGAUCAUGAAUCAAGUAUACGAGAGAUUAGCAACCUGGUUGACAUCAUGGGAAUUGCAUCGUACUACCACCGAGUAUGAGGACUCCUUCACAUUCAAGAUGUAUUUGUUCCAAUUCAUUAACUUUUACACGUCGAUAUUCUACAUUGCAUUCAUCAAGGGAAAAUUCACUGGAUACCCAGGUGGAUAUGACAGGAUUGGAUCACUGCGUUUGGAUGAAUGCUCUGCUUAUGGGUGCCUACUGGAAUUAACUAUACAGCUAGCAAUCAUUUUCCUUGGUAAACAAGUUCUCAAUGAUAUAUCUGAGCUCGGAGUACCUUAUGCUAAGACUAUUCUUAAGAAGGUCAUGAGGUAUCGCAAAGAGAAAGGGAAGGAUACUGAGGAAGAUGACUCGUUUGUGCGCUGGGAAAAGGAUUUUGAACUAAUACCACUCUCUAUACACGGACUGUUCUUUGAAUACCUUGAGCUAGUUAUUCAGUAUGGAUUCGUUACUAUCUUUGUUGCUGCUUUCCCUCUUGCUCCAUUCUUUGCAUGGGUCAACAACGUCAUUGAGAUACGUCUUGACGCUCACAAAUUCAUUCAAGUCUUCCGUCGUCCGCUCGCCGAGAGAGCACAGGACAUUGGACUCUGGUUCCACCUCCUUCGCUUUGUGACUAACCUCAGUGUAGUCACCAAUGCAUUGCUUAUUGCUUUUACCUCACAGUUCAUUGACCGGGAACUGUUUGAUAGGGUUUAUAAGAAUGAACCUGAGUUCAAUAGUGGAAGAGGUGGAUUUGUACGUUGGGCUACUUCUAGCUUUAGUCUGACGGCUCUUCUUCAAUCUGCUACUCCCAAUGGGGACACUAAUUUCCCUGUAUACACUGCACAGUCUUUGCUGGCGUUUGAUGGCGAUGGAAAUGAAGUGACCGUUAAUGGUCAAGAUCAGCUCUAUCUUCCAUUUAUUGAUUUUGAUUGUGUUGCUAGAGAGUCGGAUGGCCGUUUUAACGCUACCAGUGUCGACUUAGACACAUAUAGGACUUUCUAUGAAAAUCGAAUUUUCAGGAAUUUAACUUUGAAUAUAGCUAGUGACAGGACUAAUGAGAACAGUGAGGACUUUACCUCAAACAUAAGAGCCGAUUAUGGAAUUUGUUUUAAUACUUCAGCAACUUGUCGUUUCCGUGGUCAGGUUGAUCCUGAUGGCGAAUUUCCACUGGAAUAUUGGAGACUAAUCACAGUCAAACUAUCAUUCGUUAUAGUCUUUGAACAUUUCAUAUUUAUACUUGGUAUAUUGCUGGAUUGGCUUGUUCCUGAUAUCCCUAAGAGUGUGGAGGAUGAGAUAAGGAGAGAGAAGCUCCUUGCAUCUAAACUAGCCCAGCAGGCCAAGGAAGAGGACGCCAGAGGUGAUCGUGAUAGGACCUACACUGAAGCCUCGCUCUCUGCUGCACCUUGAGUGAUCGAUACAAGGCUAGUGACAUUGAGAAAUUAUUAUUAUUAUUAUUAUUAUUAUUAUUAUUACAAAAAAAAUUAAUUUUUUAUUAGUUGGUUAAUUAACAUAAAUUUUUGUUGAUCUCAGGUUAUUUUGAUCAUUAUUAUUAUUAUUAUUAUUAUUAUUAUUGUGUGCCUGUGUUUCCCUUGAAUUAGUUAUUAGUUAGAGACAGAUA